CCAACGCGACAGCUGCAGUCAACCUCGACGUUUGCUUACAACCACCUAUCUCGCGACACUCGAUUGACUACUUCUUUUUUCUUGUGCCCUCAUUUGAUGGAAUAGGAUCCAGCAGAGGCAGGUUCCUUGCGCUGUAGCCUUAUCCAACCUCGCGAGAGUGCAACAAAGCUUCACCAUGGCCAACCCCGCGGCAGACCCCAAGGCUGCGCCGCUUGCCGACGACCUGAAGGAACUUGCGCUCUCUCUUUCCACGACUGUUUUCCCUAAAGCCUUCUUUUGCGCUCUUUGCAGUCAGCUUGCUAUUGACUCAUUCAAACUUUUGUGCUGUAACAAAGCCAUAUGUACACAAUGCCAGGACAAGCUCGAGUUUCCUACAACGUGCCCAUCAUGCGACCACUCACCUCUCGAGGCUGACUCGUGCACGCCGAAUAAAUCCCUGCGUAACACGAUGCGCAUCUGGCUGCAAAAGCAAAAGAAGAAGGAGGAUGCCAAGGCUAUUCGGGCAGCGACUCCACCAGUAGAGACAGCCCCGGUCAUCCCUGAGGCACAGCCUGCUGGUGAGGCUGCAGACAAACCAGUCGAGAGUGUGGAGGAAACGCCAAAAUUGGAGCAGGUCCAGGCUGAUGAAGCUACUGCCGCCGCGAAUGAUGCUGAAGAAGUAGUUCAGCGCGCAGGCUCAGCUGAUGUGCAGCCGAACGAGAAUUCCACUUCUGUUAAGGGUGAAGACCUGGAGCGGCACGGCAGUGUUGCAUCGCAAAAUGCGACCAAGACUGCGGAACCGUCAACAGAUGAUCCAACGAACGAACAGAACACCCCGAACGAACAAGGCAUGAUGGGCAACAACAACCCCAUGAUGAACAUGAACGGUAUGCAGGGCCAGACGGGCUUCGGUUUCCCGAACCAAGGCAAUUUCAACGGCAUGGGUUGGAACGGCAUGAAUCAGAUGAAUGGCAUGACCAAUAUGAUGGGCAAUGGUGGCUAUGGAAUGAAUCCCAUGGACUUCAACAUGAACGGCAUGUCCAAUGGCAUGUACGGCAAUUAUGGUGGAAACAUGGGCAUGGGGAUGAACGACAUGUCCGCCAUGAACAUGAUGAACUAUGGUGGCGGCUAUGGCAACGGAUGGAAUGGCAUGGGCGGUGGCUAUGGAAACUCCAACGGUUUCAACCAGAUGGGUGGAUAUAAUCAAUCUGGAGCAUAUCCCGAGAUGAUGAACCAGUUCCCCAAGAAUAAUUUCCCAAACCAGAACCAGAACCAGAAUCGUUUCCAUGCCAAUCAAGGAGGAGCAUUUCCUCAGCGAAACAGGAAUGGCAGUCGUGGAGACUUUGGACCUGGGGCGAACGGUCGUCCUGGAAGUCGAAGCGGCCCUGCGCACAACGUACGUCGAUUUCAUAAUCUUCCGCCAAGACCUGCUCUUUUGGUCGGCGAACUUCCGACUUCCCCAAAUUCAGCAACUGACAAGUUUGUUUUUCAACAGCGUGACGGCCAGUCACCUGACGGAUCCGCUAAAGCUGCGCCUGAGACUAAGGUCGAAGACGAGCAGACAAAGGCGCCCGCAGAGUCUACUGAGGAAGGUAAAGAGAGCAACGAUGCUGCGCUGGAUUCUAUCAACCCUUCUGGUGAUGGUAGUAGAGAUGCCGAUGGCGCGACUAAUCAUGCAGGAAACGAGUCGAACGAGACGACCAACCCUGAUGGGCUGAACAAGAUCCAGACUGUUGAUUCCAUUGAAGGAGAUAUGCAGAGCUUCGAUCCCUCGAUGAUGGGUGACGGAAUGCAGCCUAACAUGCCGUACGGUCAAGGCAUGAUGAAUCAAUUCCCUGUUCAAGCGCCAUUCAACCCUAAUAUGAACAUGGGAAUGGACGCGGAGUACCAUCAUCACAACAAUAAUUACGGUCCUCGCGGCGGGUUCAACGCUGCUUAUGGCGCUGCUACUGUUUUGAUAGGCCAACCUACCGGCGUGGGCGUUGAGGGUGCUCCUACAGGCCCACGAGCGAUGCGGGAAGGUCGGCCAAACACUGGGUUUUCGAGUCGAGUGAACAGUGCGCGCUUCAUUGCACCACUAAAGAGCGUGACGCCUGCGCGAGAAGGCGUUCCUGCUAGCCCAGUCCGAAGAGUUCGAUCACGAUCCCCUGAACGAGACGAGGCCUUACGAACUAAAGAGAGGUCACCGUCACGCGCGCGAUCUGAGGCCAAGUCACGAGCUGGAGAUGGACAGAGAGAUGAGCGUCGAGAGCGAUCACGUUCAGCAGACCGUGAGUCGCGACGCGAUGACCGAGGACGAUCGCCCACACCCAAGGCAGAGGAAGACUACGAGCGCCGCAAGGAUCGACGCACCCACCGCUCAUCACGUCGUGACGAUCGUGAUGAGGACUACGAUGACCGACACCGUGAUGAUAGAGACAGUCGAGGAGACAGAACGCGCAGCGCAUCAGCAGAUUCCAAGUACCGUAGUAGCCGCCGCGACAAGGAGAAGCACCGCUCAUCCCGCUCCCACCGCGAUCGCAGCCGCGAGCACCGACGCCGCCACCGCUCACGCUCUCCAGAGGACAAGCGUGACGACGAUGAUGCGUACGCAAAUGGUGAUAAAGAGUCAGAAGGCAGCUCUCGGCGCAAGCACAGGAGUGACAAGGAUCGCAGCGACAAAGACAGAAGUGACAAGGAACGACAUCGCGAACGCUCGCGUGACAGGGAGCGGGACCGCGACCGCCGAGACCGCAAAGAAAAAGAACGCGACCGCGACUACGAGUACGAGAAAGACCGAUCUCGCGAUAAAGACAAGGAGCGCAAGCGUCGCCGUGACCGCGACGCCGAACCUGAAGUCUCCGACCACGACCAAGACCGCUCCUCGCGCCGCAGCCGCAAAGACCGGGAGCACAGACACGACGAGCGCGCCCCCAAGCAACUAGACAAAGAAGAAGACGUCGUGGGCCAAAUGAUGAAGAAACGAGCCGUAUCCCCACCACUCAACGCGCCAAAAGGUCCCUCCGCAAACGGAUUCAGCAUCAAAGGCCGCUCAAAAGCAACAGUCAUGCCACCACCCCAACCACCAACCGGACCGAGAGCUCUACAACCCCCCAAAGGCCCGCGAAGCGACAAAGAGCGACGAAGAGAAAGCGUCGGCUCAGCAGCUAGCGGAAACGCAACACCAACAGUACAAGACCACUACGCAGCCGAGCGCGAGAAAAACGCCCGCGAGCGCAAUAAUAAAGAACGCGGUGGUGAGCGCGGUGAGCGCGAGCAGAGCAAGCCGCGCACACAUGCUUCUCGCCCUUCGCUGUCGUCUAAACGCCCCAUUGAGGAUGUUGGCGAUGAGCGUGGGGAGCUGCGGAAUGAGGCGCUUGCUUCGACUUCGACGUCCUCGCGCAAGGAUACGAAGACGCCGACUGCGCCUGCGGGGCAUCGUGAUAAAAGGCGUAAGAGUGGCGCGGGGGGUGAGGAGACGAAUUCCAUUGCGAAUUUGUUUACGGCGGGGUUGAGGAAGAAUGCUAAGGCGAGGCGGGGUGGGGUGAGGACGGAGGGUGAUGUUGAGCGGGAGAUGGAGAGGUUGGAGAGGGAGAGGCGGUAG